AUGUACAAGAUUUUCUUAGUGGCUUUUGUUGCGGUUUCUGUCCAUGCCCAGAAGUAUGGACAUGAAGAAAGUCACCACGAAGUAGAUUAUUAUGCUGAGCCUCAUUAUUAUUUCGAAUACGACGUUAAAGAUACCCACACAGGAGAUGUUAAGAGCCACAAAGAACAACGUAAAGGAGACCACACUCAGGGAGUGUACUUCUUGGUCGAGCCCGACGGCACUAAAAGGGUCGUCGAGUACUUCGUUGAAGGAAAGAAGGGAGGAUUCGUCCCAAAGGUACACAGAGAACACUUGAAGCACCUCGACAAGAAAGGACACGGACACGGUGUCUCUCUCCAGAACUACAACUUCGAACAAGGAAAGGUGCAAGAAGUUGCCUACGAGUCGCACGGACACUCCGAAGGCGGAUAUGGUCAAUCAGCCGGAGGUAGCUUUGGAGGUCACUCCGGUGGAUCUGGUUCUCAAUCUGGUGGUGGUCAUGGCGGAUACUUCGGAGGCAGCUCUGGCGGUUCUUCUGAAGGAUACAAGUUUGGAUCUCUCGGAGGUAGCUUUGGAGGCCACUCCGGUGGAUUCGGCGGUCUCUCUGGUGGAUCUUCUGACGGAUACAAGUUCGAGUCAUAUCACGGCGCUCAAGAAGUUGGAUUAGGCGCUUAUGGUAAUGGUGGUUCAUCUGGCGGAUCUUCCGAAGGAUACAAAGUCGAAUCUUCUUAUCACGGUGGAUCCCAGCAGGGCGGUAGCUCAGGCGGAUACGGAGGUCAUUCCGGUGGAUAUGGAGGUUCAUCUGGUGGAGCCUCUGGAUCUUCAUACGGUGGAUCCCAGGGCGGUAGCUCAGGCGGAUACGGAGGUCAUUCCGGUGGAUAUGGAGGUUCAUCUGGUGGAGCCUCUGGAUCUUCAUACGGUGGAUCCCAGGGCGGUAGCUCAGGCGGAUACGGAGGUCAUUCCGGUGGAUAUGGAGGUUCAUCUGGUGGAGCCUCUGGAUCUUCAUACGGUGGAUCCCAGGGCGGUAGCUCAGGCGGAUACGGAGGUCAUUCCGGUGGAUAUGGAGGUUCAUCUGGUGGAGCCUCUGGAUCUUCAUACGGUGGAUCCCAGGGCGGUAGCUCAGGCGGAUACGGAGGUCAUUCCGGUGGAUAUGGAGGUUCAUCUGGUGGAGCCUCUGGAUCUUCAUACGGUGGAUCCCAGGGCGGUAGCUCAGGCGGAUACGGAGGUCAUUCCGGUGGAUAUGGAGGUUCAUCUGGUGGAGCCUCUGGAUCUUCAUACGGUGGAUCCCAGGGCGGUAGCUCAGGCGGAUACGGAGGUCAUUCCGGUGGAUAUGGAGGUUCAUCUGGUGGAGCCUCUGGAUCUUCAUACGGUGGAUCCCAGGGCGGUAGCUCAGGCGGAUACGGAGGUCAUUCCGGUGGAUAUGGAGGUUCAUCUGGUGGAGCCUCUGGAUCUUCAUACGGUGGAUCCCAGGGCGGUAGCUCAGGCGGAUACGGAGGUCAUUCCGGUGGAUAUGGAGGUUCAUCUGGUGGAGCCUCUGGAUCUUCAUACGGUGGAUCCCAGGGCGGUAGCUCAGGCGGAUACGGAGGUCAUUCCGGUGGAUAUGGAGGUUCAUCUGGUGGAGCCUCUGGAUCUUCAUACGGUGGAUCCCAGGGCGGUAGCUCAGGCGGAUACGGAGGUCAUUCCGGUGGAUAUGGAGGUUCAUCUGGUGGAGCCUCUGGAUCUUCAUACGGUGGAUCCCAGGGCGGUAGCUCAGGCGGAUACGGAGGUCAUUCCGGUGGAUAUGGAGGUUCAUCUGGUGGAGCCUCUGGAUCUUCAUACGGUGGAUCCCAGGGCGGUAGCUCAGGCGGAUACGGAGGUCAUUCCGGUGGAUAUGGAGGUUCAUCUGGUGGAGCCUCUGGAUCUUCAUACGGUGGAUCCCAGGGCGGUAGCUCAGGCGGAUACGGAGGUCAUUCCGGUGGAUAUGGAGGUUCAUCUGGUGGAGCCUCUGGAUCUUCAUACGGUGGAUCCCAGGGCGGUAGCUCAGGCGGAUACGGAGGUCAUUCCGGUGGAUAUGGAGGUUCAUCUGGUGGAGCCUCUGGAUCUUCAUACGGUGGAUCCCAGGGCGGUAGCUCAGGCGGAUACGGAGGUCAUUCCGGCGGAUAUGGAGGUUCAUCUGGUGGAGCCUCUGAAGGAUACAAGUACCAAUCUUCAUACGGUGGAUCCCAGGGCGGUAGCUCAGGCGGAUACGGAGGUCAUUCCGGCGGAUAUGGAGGUUCAUCCGGUGGAGGAUACAAGUAUCAAUCCCAGGGUGGUAACUCAGGUGGUCAAGGAGGUAAUGCCGGAGGCUAUGGUUAUGGCGCUCAUUCUGGUGGUUCUUCUGGUGGAUACGGCAUGUCCCACGGAGAAGGAGAAGCCACAUCCAGAGUUACAUUCUCAACUCACGGCGCCAAGGUCUACACUUCUACUAGACACGUCGUUCCUCAGAAACACGGCCAUCACGGUUACUAGAAAAACGAUAAUCUCAAACCUAGUUGUCUGUAUUAUCAUGUAAAUAAACUUUUUAUACUUUUUUAAUAA